AUGCACUCGUUCAAGGCCAGAUUGAAGCCCGCGGAGGCCGCGAACUGGAUGCACUCGCCUCUGUCUGGAAGGCUGUUGCAGUCGCUAGCUCAAACAGCUAAACUUUACGCCCAGUGCUACGCUGAAAUACCGCCUGAAACCUCGUUGAGAGAUUCUUGUGCAUCGAUGACGAGUUCACGGUGGCAGUAUGCGAUCCAAAACCGUGGACGCAAGGCGAUAUGGUUCGACCCCGAUGCGGACAACAAGGCACGUAGUCUGGAAUGCCUCGUUUCACAUACAAGCAAUAUACAGGAGAACGGCGCAGCAUCACGGGUAGAGCUUUCGUCACUGGGGCUGCAGUGUGCGUUGGACCUGCUCCUCGACCUCCUUCCGAGCGAAUACGAGGACGCCAUCCUCGCCAUCGACAACUACCGCACCAAACUCGUCGACGUGUGCCUCGACGUCGGUCGAGUCCCCUACGUCUACACGGGCAAGAAGCAGCGCGUCGUGCUCAGCAAGCACGGCGCCACCGUCGCCAAGGACACGAUCGACGAGAUCCUGAGCAACCUCGGCGGCGAAAUGCGCAUCGGAGACGACAACCGCGCCGGCAUCGGCCGACAGCUGCACCGCAUCUCCGUCAUGCGCAGCAAGACGGACGAGGUGUACGGCCUGCCGAUGCGCGUGGGCCGAGCGCUGCGCAACGCGACGUGCGUGCUGACGGACCAGCAGCAGCACGAACCGGAUCGACAGCAACACGGAAGUUGGCAGCGAGGCCAGGCGGAGGAACAGCAGCAGCGUUGGGACCGGCUGCUGCGGCUGGAGCGCGAGAUGGCUGCACUGCGGGGCGAGCUGAUUGGGGCGGCGCGUGAUCCGCCGCAGCACCGUGAUCGACAGGACCGUGCGGACGACUAG